CAAUUAGCAGAACAGACAAAGAAAACUGAUAACCUAGCCAAAGAUAAAACAGCAUUAGAAAAAGAUUUAAAACAGACCCAGAAUAAUUUGGCCGCUGAAAGAACUCAACACGGAGAAACACAAACCCAAUUAAAAAACAAGACAGUAGAAUUAGGGAAUGUAGAGCGAGAAAUGAAAAAAAUAGAGUUAGUAGCAAAAGCGUUUAUAGAGAAUUUCAAGUCCUUAAAAGCCCAAAAUAGAAAUCUAAAAAUUGAAGCUGUCGAAUGGGAGGAAAAAUUGAAAGAAGCAAAAGAAAGUUUAGAGCAAAAGUUAGACCAGGCCAAAAACCAAACCAACGAACGACAAAAUGAGCUCAAUGAAAAUGUAAAAACUCUGGAAUAUCUGCUGGAAUUAGGGGAACAAGAUAAGGAGAAAAUUCAAAAUCAAGUGCGAACAUUGAAAGACCAAAUUGCCGACACGAAAGUAGAGGAAUGGAGAAAAAGAGCGGCUGAAUUAAAGGCUUCUCUGAAUGACCGCCCGACCGAGGAUGAUUUAGCCAUUUUCCAAGAAAAAUAUCAGAAAAUUGUUGCCGAAUUAGCAUUAGUCAAUAAAGAAUUGCAGGAAGCCAAAGAUAAUAAUUUUGCGGCCACAGAGGAAAACAAAGAAUUAACCAAAAAACUCACCCGGCAGGAAAAAUUAAAUAAAAGGCAAGACGCAACCAUAGCGGAAUUGAAAGGUAAAUUAACGGAGGUUAAAGAGGAAUUAGAUAAGUCCAAGCAGGAGAUUACCAAAUUAAAAAUAUUACAAACCGCCAAAGAUGCUUCGGUCCAUGACCAUCAGCAAAUUAUUCAAGGGUUAAAAAGUAAAUUGGUCGAAUCGAAACACGAAGCGUUAAUUUCCCAGCGAGAGGCAAAAAAGAAAUCGACAAAGGCCGAAAAUGAAUUAGCAGCAUUGAAACGAAAAUUAGAGCGGGAAAAAGAAAAUCACCAGGAAACCGCAAAUAAAUUAAACGAAAGAACCCAGAAUAGCAACAAUUUACAAAAGCAGAUUUUUGAAUUAGAAAGCAAAUGUCAAAAAUUACAAAUAGCGGUUAAAAAGAACACAAAAGAUAAAAAAGAGUUGACUAAUCAACUCCGCGAGGCCAGAAGCGAAAAUAGCGACUACUCCGAACAAAUUACUUAUUUGAAAGAGCAGAUUGAUAAUUUGGAAUAUGGUUUACGAGUGUCAAAUAAGGAAAAUGAAGAUUUAAAAGGUCAAUUAGUAAUUGUCAAUCAAGAAAAAAACAAUUUACAGCAGAUUAUUGACCGCGCUCAAAACCGACUGGGAGAGCCAGACUUAAACAAUUUGCCAAAUAUGCCACAAGGCAGGACAUUAAGGCAAUUGAUUGCUGAUUUUAAUGCUAGCCAAAUUAACUUACAAAAUGAAACAGCCAGAGCGGACGCAGAAAAAUUACGAGCCGAUACUUAUGAAAAUGAUUUGCGAGCAGAAUUUAAUAUUACUAAUCGAUUACAAAAGAAAUUAGCCAGACAGGAGAAAGAUAUUUUAGAGAAAAUUAAUGAUUCAUUAGAAUUAGGAAUAGAAGUUGAAGAAUUAACCAUUCAAAAAAUAAUUAGCCGAAUUGAGGAAUUAAUUAGAGGCCCAAAAACAACUAAUCAACAAUUACAAAAAGAAUUAGACCAGGCUCAAAAAGUUAUUAGAUUAUUACAAAAAGACAAGAAAGACAUUGAUUUCUUGGCUAUUCAACAGGCCGAAUAUCAAAAAAUACUUGCUUGGGCGAAAGGUGAAACGAAUGAAACUUGUGUGCGAUUAGGCAUUAAUAUUCCGUUUGCUAUAAGAGAGAAAAUUAACCGGGCAACUACUUUGGUUGCCGUGGCCCGAGAAAGAAAUAAUUUAAUCCAAGCCAAAUUAGGAGAGAACAAUACCGAAUUAAAAAAAAUAAUUCGUCAAAAAGAAAAUUUGAUCCAAGAACAAAUCCAAGAAAGAUGA